GCUCUCUCUCACUUGUUUCAAUUAUUAAAUAACAAAAUGUAAAGAAAAAAACACAACACACCACGACACGUCGACACCAGGAUCUUCAUUUAACUCUUGUCCAAGCUUCUUAAGGUUCAUGUAUUCUCGGGUGUGUGUGCAGCUUCAUGUUUAAAACACAAUCCAACUUCGCCUACAAACUACUAAACUAGGGUGCAAGUGUGAGUGAUCUGCAAUUUUUUGUGCUGUCUCAACCUUAUCACAAAGUUUGAAAUUAUGUCCAAGAAGUUCAGAGCAAAUGCCAAGGAGAAGAUCUGGUCACCUGAGGAGCAACAAUCCCUGUUCAGAUCUGUCAGAUUAAGAAGCAGAUAGGUCCUGCUGCCGAUAAGUAUCCAACUCUAUUUUCAGAAGCAUCAAUGCUGAGGUUUCUAGGAGCAAAUAACUGGAACAUUAAAAAAACAACAAAAAUGCUGAAGGAUGCCUAUAAGUGGCGAUUGGUUUUCAAACCCGAGAAGAUUCAAUGGGAAGAUAUUGCUCAUGAAGCAGAGACGGGAGAAAUUUACAGAGCUGAUUACUUUGACAAGCAUGGGAGGUCCAUAGUUGUCAUGAGACCAGGUUAUGAGAAUUCCACGUCGAAUGAAGGGAAAAUUAAGUACUUAGUUUAUUGUAUAGAGAAAGCCAUAAAGAAAAUGGGAUCAGGUCAGGAUCAGAUGGUGUGGCUUAUUGAUUUUCAAGGCUAUACCAAGUCCAAAUUAUCAUUGAAGAUCACCAAGGAUGUGGCUCACAUACUGCAGAACUGUUACCCAGAAAGGCUGGGCCUGGCAAUACUGUAUAAUCCACCAAAAGUCUUUGAGGCUUUCUACCCAAUGGUAAGACCGAUAAUUGACCAGAAGAUGUACGAAAAAGUAAAAUUUGUGUACUCAAAUGAUCCACAGUGCAGAAAGUUAAUAGAAUCUAUAUUCGACAUGGACAAGUUAGAAUCUGCUUUUGGUGGUAAUAACAAGGUUGGGUUUGACUAUAAUACCUAUGCACAAAGAAUGAAGGGGGAAGAUAUGAAUAUGUCUGACUUAAACUCUGGAUGUCCACAUUCAUCUGACUUGCCUGAAUCACUGCAUGAACAUUCUCUGACUGACGGAGAAUCUGAGUCCUCUGAGGAAUAUCUUCAUGAAUGUCACUUAAAUGAUGAAAUCACACUUGGACAGCAUCAAUGAAGAAACUGGAACUGAAUCUCAGAGCACCAAGAAUGGGGCAAAUGUUGGAAUAGAUGCUGCAGACAUGGCCACGCCUAAACAGGACCAUCCAUGUUAGUUACCACGAUAGUUUGUUUUUUAGUUAUCCUUUUUAAUUUCAGAAUAAGUAUAUACAAAUCUUGUCAUCGACACUCAGAUAUGGUUAAAAGUUUCAAAACAGAUAAUCCGAUCUGAUUUGAAAUGCUGGACUGAUAUCGGAAAAGAACAAGACUCCAGUAUCACUAGGAUACGCGAAGGUGCCAGGGUACACAGUUUAAAUCCUGGAACAGAAAAGCCAUUCACAAAAGGUGGAGGGUUGUUACUGAUAUAUGACCAUUGUAAGCUUGUGUAAAACGUAAAUAAAAAGUAGAUGUAUACUGUGAUCGUUUGCUCAGUUGAGAAUGAUUGUGUUUAUGACGUUGAAGAACCCUACAUGCUUGCAAUCAGAUUUUGGUUGAGUAUUAA